AUGACGACCACAACCUACAAACAGCUACCCACCCACUACUCUCGCGAGCCCUCCACAGCUUCACUUCUCCCCCUCGGCACCAACAACCACCCCACCACGACGCAGCAGCAGCGCAAGGCCGGCGGCCUCAAGCCGUCAAAGUCCGUCCGCGUCAAGGCCGCCGUCAAGGCGAUUGUGUCGCCCGUCAAGGCACGGAAGGAGAAGAAGGCGGCCAAGAUGGAGAUCCGCGAGCGGGAGGAGGCGAGGAGGGUUGCGAAUAUCGAUGAUUUCUUGCUCUGUGGAAGGAUCUACUACGAGAAGCAGCUACAGAACCAGAUGAACUACGAUCCGUUUGCAGACCAUUUGUCUAUGGAGAAGUGCCAGACUUGA